CCUCGCGCGCUGCGACGCUUGUACGCGUGUCGCCUCCUCGAAUAAGUACGAUACGGUGAUCGGUGUAUGACAUAGUGAUAUUCGUGACAUCGGCAUGAAAACCCCGCCAUAAUCUUAGAAGAACAUAUUCGAAAAUAGAACUAUAUUAACUAACAAAACCUUAUUAAAAAACCUUAUAAAACGAUAAAAAAAAUGCGUAGCGUUCAGAAACUUAAUUUACGUAAGUAAAAGAUUGCUUUCGGCAUUAACAAAUUAAAUUGUCUAAAAAGUUUUAUUUAUUAAGUGCUAUAUUUUUAAAGCUACCAGCAAAAAAUAAAGAACAAUUAAUCGCAAAACCUUUUAGAGGUAUUAAAUUAAAAAAAAAAAAAAUACAGCACAGAUAAUUAAUUUUUCGCAAUGCUUCGGUACUGGCUAUGCUUCGCGAGUGCGGUGUAUUUGGCGGGACAAUGUGGCGCCAACUAUUGCCGGGACGCGAGUCUAUGCUGUCCCGGGCGGGACAGCUCGUGUGUGGUGCAGAAGGCGCAUCAGAACGCGAUCAUUGAGGAGCUGACCGACAAGCCGUGCUACUGCGACCACGCCUGCUUGAAGCUGGGAGACUGCUGUCCCGACUUCAGAGAAACUUGCGGAGUGAUGGACUGCGUGGUAUCCGGAUGGGGAGAAUGGUCCGAAUGUGAUACAACGUGUGGGUCAGGUAGCAUGGUGAGAAGCAGACGAGUGGUCCAAGCACCAGCACACGGUGGCCACCAUUGCCCGUCGCUGGUGCAAAGACGAGCUUGCCAAGCACACCAUGGCUGUACGGCGGAUAGCGACGUGCCUUUACGAGAAGAGUCUGCGAUGAUCCUGCCCGGAGGGCUCUCCAUAAGCCGGCACUCAAAUGAAACGGUCGACAUCAGAAAGAACUUGCGUUUACGUAACCCGGAUGAUCCGGAAUCCAAUUCACAUAGAGAAUAUUGCGUGCAAUUCGAAGUGACUAAGGUUUCUAAAGCUUGUCAUACUGAUUCUGACUACAAGCCUUUGCGCGAAGGCAACACAGUAUGCGUGAUGUGUGAGACAGCAGCCCUGAGACGGGAUCUAAAGUGGCGGUGCGGCGGGCACGGCGUGGCGGGCCACACGACGCGCUUCUACGCGCUCGUCGCGCCGCACUGCCACGGCAAGUGGGUCCGCGGGGACACGCCCGACAAGACCACCGAGUGUUGCUCCAACCCGGACUUUAUAUUUGUAUAACUUAGCUCAACUACAACCCGGACUUUAUAUUUGUAUAACUUCCGCGUCCGUCCGCAAUAUCACGCACCGUGGGAAGCCGGUAUUAGAUUAGUUGCGUCCUCACGCGUCAUUUGUUGGCUGGAAGCCUGAAUGCCUGAACAUGAUCAAACACAAUUAGCGAAGUCAAAUGCCAGCACUAAUUGAUUAACUAAUUAUCUACCCAAUCAAAUAGACAUUGCAAUUUUGAUGCAACAACAAUGUACCUACUAUGUACCAACAUAAUAACAAAGGUAAAUACUAAAUAUUAAAGCCUAGCCAUCGCAAUUUUUUUUAUUACACGACAUUUUACUGAGUAUCAUGUAACCCUGAGUGGCACUGGCUAUAAUUAAAAAAAAAGAUUGUCUAUGGCCCCUCUCUGCCGCCAUCGUUUGUUGCAAAUUGCAAAACUCAAGAAACUGAUACGUACAUUUAAUAUUCAGAUAGGUCUCUAACACAAUAUAAAGAACGUAAAUAAUAAUAAAAUAAUUGUAAAUACCCAAUAGUAACAAAUUAAUUGUAAGUUUAGUAGUUACUUUAAAAAAAAAAUCAUUUUCGUAGAUUCGAAGUCAACCCCCUUGGAAUAUUUUGACACCUACUCCUUAGCUUUAAGUUUAGAUGUAGGGGAAACGGCUACUUAUGGAGAAUGGAGUCGUGUUUAUAAAACAUGGCAAAUAAUAUUCUUUUUCUAU